AUGUCCGGGAAACACGACGAGCCCCCAGCCUACGGCACCCCCCAGCCACCGCAGGCAUCGUACUACCAGAGCCCGCCGCCGCAACCCCCAUACCACAGCCAUCCCGGCCAAAACAACGGGAGCGCUGCGGGCUACUACCAGUCCGGGCCGCAAAUGGGCUACCCCCAGCAGCCGCCGCCGGCCGCCGGGUACUACGCCAACCAGCCGGGCGGGCCGUAUCCGCCACAGCAGGGCCAACAAUUCUAUCCGAUACAGCACCCGCCGCAGCAGAAGCGCGGGCCGGUAAGUCAAAUUCCAUUUCUUUUUCGCUCACUUGCCUGGCCUGUUAUCAUUCCGCCGAGCGGAGGAGAAGAGGGCUAACGAGGAUAAAAGGGCUUCUUUGAAGCGUGUCUUGCCGGUAUGGCGUGCUGUUGCUGCUUGGAUCUCUUGUUUUAAGCGGUCGGGAAGGCUGCAUCAGGAUUGACCGG